GGUGUGGGUUUUUGACAGUCUCACGCAUAAACAGAAAGACACAUCAGCGUGCAUUAUCCUUCUCUCUCAUCACGAUUCACAACUGACUUCAAAUCUAUCCUUGAAUCUGAAAUCUGCAUAAAACUUGCAGUGACAACUUUAACACCUGGCCAUCCAGAUAUUAUAAACUAACGUGACCACGUGUGAACCUACGGCCACGUCCACCGCUGUAGUGAUGGACCAUGCAGGGGACGCGAGCCUCCUCCAGUCCUGUGGAACAGCAAACAGUCUCGCCUCCCUGGAAGAUGCCACUGCAGAGUCUACAGCAAAUGAGUCAUCGGAGGAGAAAUCCGCAUGUUCCAGAGAAGAGCAAUCAAAUGCCAAAGUCGAACAGAGAAUACACACAGAAUCAGGUGCCACCGCUCGUCCCAACUCCCUCUCUCUGCCCAUUAAGGGCACAGAUCUCUGGACUCUACACAGGGAUGGAGAGGUGAAGCUGAGGAUGGGUGAGUCCGGCCCUGAGGCUGAACCCCCCUUGACUGUGAACCAGAUGUUCACUUCUACGGUCCAACGCUUUGGCAACUACAAUGCGCUGAGCUGGAAAGAGGGAGAGCAGUGGAAAACCAUGACUUACAACGACUACUACAAGACUUGCCGCACUGCUGCCAAAGGCUUCCUCAAGCUCGGUCUGGAGCGGUACCACGGUGUUGGUAUCCUAGGGUUUAACUCGGUCGAGUGGUUUAUUGCUGACAUCGGGGCUAUUUUAGCUGGGGGGUUUGCUGUGGGCAUCUACACCACCAACUCUCCAGAGGCAUGCCAGUAUGUGGCGGAGAACUGCCAGGCCAAUAUCCUUGUGGUGGAAAACCACAAACAGCUGCAGAAGAUCUUGCAGGUCCAGGACAAAUUACCGCACCUAAAAGCCAUUAUCCAGUACAAAGAUGAGCUGAAAGAGAAAAAGCCCAAUCUCUACACGUGGGCAGAGUUUAUGAAGCUGGGCCGUGAUGAGCCUGAUGCUCAGCUGGAUGAUAUCAUCAGCUCCCAGAAACCCAAUCAGUGCUGCACACUGAUCUACACAUCCGGAACCACGGGCCAGCCAAAGGGAGUCAUGCUUAGUCACGACAAUCUCACAUGGACAGCAUUUGUAACUGGCCAAGAUGUGAGCCUGACAGAUGCAGAUAAGCUACAGGAAGUGAUCGUGAGCUACCUGCCACUCAGUCAUAUUGCUGCACAGAUGAUUGACGUCUGGCUUCCCAUGAAAGCAGGAGGAGUCACGUACUUUGCACAGCCUGAUGCGCUAAAGGGUUCUUUGGCUAACACUCUACGUGAGAUACGCCCUACUGCUUUCAUGGGUGUCCCGCGGGUGUGGGAGAAGAUGCAGGAGAAGAUGAAGUCGAUUGGAGCCAAAUCAUCCACUGUGCGUCGGAAGGUGGCAUCCUGGGCCAAAGAUGUGGGCCUGCAGACCAACCUCAACAAAAUGGAGCUUAAUGGCAACCUAUCCAGAAAGCCAUUAAACUAUCGAUUGGCGAAGUGUCUGGUGUUCCGGAAGGUUCGGAAGGCGCUGGGGCUGGAUCGCUGUACGAGGUGCUACACCGGAGCAGCUCCCAUAACCAAAGACACGCUGGAGUUUUUCCUCAGUCUGGACAUUCCUCUGUUUGAGCUCUAUGGCAUGAGUGAGAGCUCUGGACCGCAAACCAUCUCACUGCCCGAUGCCUUCAGACUCACCAGCUGUGGAAAGGUAAUUCCAGGCUGUAAGACGAAGAUCUUCAACCCUGACGUUGAUGGCAAUGGAGAGAUUUGUUUCUGGGGUCGUCAUGUGUUCAUGGGCUACUUGAACAUGCCCGAUAAAACCGAAGAGGCUCUGGAUUCAGAUGGCUGGCUGCACUCGGGUGACCUCGGCAAACACGACCAGGACAACUUCCUGUUCAUCACCGGACGCAUUAAAGAACUGAUCAUCACAGCCGGAGGUGAAAAUAUUCCCCCAGUGCCCAUUGAGGAUGCUGUUAAAGAGGCCGUUCCGCUCAUCAGCAAUGCCAUGCUUAUCGGAGACAAGAGAAAGUUCCUCUCCAUGCUGCUCACCAUUAAGUGUCAGGUUAACAAUGAAACGGGCGCUCCCGAAGACGAGCAGACUCCUGAGGCGGUGGAGUUGUGUCGUAAACUCGGCAGCAACUCCACACGAGUCAGCGAGAUCGCCGGUGGCCGUGACCGAGUCGUAUACGCGGCUAUUCAAGAAGGCAUCAACCGUGUCAAUGAGAAAGCCACCUCUAACGCCCAGCGCAUCCAGAAAUGGACCGUUUUGGAGAAGGAUUUCUCUAUCCCUGGCGGAGAGCUGGGGCCCACAAUGAAGCUCAAGAGGCCAGUGGUCAUGAAGAUGUACAAAGACCAGAUUGAGAACAUUUACAAAGAAGUCUUGACCCCAACCACCCCAGACAACCCUCUGCCUUCUAAAUAGGUGUCCAACAAAAGGCCUUGUCACCCACUUAAAAGGAGACAAAGGGACUGACAUGGUCUAAAACACACAUAGGAACACCACUCAGACCUUGUGUUUUGCUUGUCCGUUUUUGAGUUAAUAUUUGUUCAGGGUUUUGUAAUUUUUUAUUUCAUAC